AUCUUCUAUAGAUACGGUAGGAUAGGAUAGGAUCAGUACCGCUGUCUCUCUGAUCUUGUUUCCUCUCCUGAAUCUCUCCCUUGUCAGCCCAAAUAACUAAGACCGUUAUCUCUUGUGUAGGAUUAUUCAUUUUGUCCAAUAAUCAAACAUAUACUUAGAAUAGAGAAAGAUGUGCGAGCGACAGCGGUCGGAGUUAAAUCGGAGGAAUGACAAGAAGGGGAGGAUGAAAUCAGAUGAUUCCAAAAAGCUGGAGAUUGUGGAUUUGAGUGGGAUGUCCUUAACCUCACUUCCUAGUCCCUUUCUCAAUUUGGCCUGCAUCUGCAAAUUAGACCUCUCCAACAACAAUCUCCAGACGAUCCCGGAAUCGUUGACUGCGCGGCUGCUAAACGUGAUGGUGUUAGACGUGCACUCCAAUCAGCUAAAGUGCCUCCCAAACUCCAUAGGAUGUCUCUCCAAACUCAAGAUCUUGAACGUCUCCGGCAAUCUCCUCCAACAACUUCCCCCAACCAUAGAGAACUGCAGAUCCCUUCAAGAGCUGAACGCCAACUUCAACAAGCUCCGGCAGCUCCCAGACACGAUGGGGUUCGAGCUUCUGAACCUAAGAAAGCUAUCAGUGAACUCAAACAACCUGGCAUUCCUCCCUCACUCGACCUCCCAUCUCACCGAGCUCCGGGUCCUCGAUGCCCGCCUCAACUGCCUCCGGUCCCUCCCCGAGGAUCUGGAGAAUCUCAUAAACCUCCAGAUCCUGAACGUGAGCCAGAACUUCCAGUACCUGGAGACGCUGCCGUACUCGGUGGGGCUGCUGAUGUCGCUGGUGGAGCUGGACGUGAGCUACAACAGGAUCGCGGCCCUCCCGGACUCCAUAGGGUGCCUGAAGAAGCUGCAGAAGCUGAGCACGGAGGGGAACCCGCUGGUGUCGCCGCCGCGGGAGGUGAUGGAGCAGGGGCUGCUGAUGGUGAAGCAGUACAUGUGCGACAACAUCAACGGGAGGACGUCGCACAGGAAGAAGUCGUGGCUGGGGAAGCUGGCCAAGUGCGGCUCGUUUAGCGUGAAUAGGAGUAAUAGGGAAGAAGGAGGACACAUCAUGCCGCCGAGUCCGAUGCCGAGUUAUGAUGGUGUGGCGUCGCCCAGAUAUUUUCAUAUGGGGAUGUUCUCGCCCAAGCGCCUAUUCUCUCCCAACUCCUACUCCUCCAAAUGAUUUCUUUCUUUUUUAAUGGUUUUUUAGUGUGUCAUCAUCAAUUUUGUUGUAAGUAUAUUGUUGUCAUGUUUUUGUAAAAUAGAUAUGUGUGUAAUUAAUUGUUUCAUGAACGAGUGAUGCACCUAUCGGAGAUCUGAGAAAAUAGAACCAAACCAACAGUUGGGGAGUUUGGAGAUCGAAACUGCUUGGUAGUUUUUUGUUGGUCAA